AUGAUCCACGAUUUGGUGGAGGCUGCCGAAGCUUACUUGAACAGUUUUGUGUAUCAAAUGCCUCUGGAUCCUAGCAUCCCGUCGGAAUCCCGUUUCAUUGCAUCCGUCAACCCUGUACAGAUGGGUGCCAAUCUUCCGCUCGUCAUUCACAGCGAAGGGGACUCGCACGCAUGGAUCUGCUCAGUCAUUGUGCGACCUGUUUGUCAGCUCCUUCGACUAGACCCUUUGUCCGAUGUUGCUCCUGCUCUCAUUGGGCCGUCCGCGGAAGGACCCGAUUGCCGUACCAACUGUGGGGGUGCGCCCCACCCGGACGGGUGUUUCUGGUCUAAUGGUCGCAUCUUCAUGACGCUGGAGUCAAAGUCGCCCGCCAUACUGCCUUACUCCGACGACGGCGAGAACACGUAUCCGUUCAAGGACCUCGUUACAUACCUCGAAAAGGUCUGGGGCCAUAUGAGCGCGAAGGACGUCGAUUAUGCAGUUCUGUCGUCGUAUGCCAGCACGACUUUCUUCGUGCGACAAGACGGAUACUUGUACAUGUCGGAGCCCGAGGAACUGACUGCCAACUAUCUCUUGUCUUGGUUUGGUUUCGCGGCCAUUGCGUCGGGGAAAAUAUCCAAGCGCAGUAUUCUUCUCGAAACCCCAGAUGAAGACGACACUCUGGAUGCCGGCCUACUGGGGCUAUCGCUUGGCUCGGACUAG